GUGAGCCAAGGGGACGGAAGGGAGAGGAGAGAGAGAGAGAGAGAGAGAGAGAGAAGAGGGGGAGCACAUGUGUAUGCUUGUCACUAAGGGGCUGGGAGAAGGACUAAGGGAAGCGAGGUAGCUGGCCACAGCCGCCAUAUGCUGACUGGAUUCCUGUUCAUGUCUGCUGUGUGAAGACUGUAGGUUUCUGUUGUGUGCUGGCCGGCUGGGGAACACACCAUGGGAAGCUCACAUCUCCUCAACAAAGGCAUGCCUCUAGGCAUCAGGCCACCCAUUAUGAACGGGCCUAUGCACCCGCGCCCCCUGGUGGCACUGCUGGACGGGCGUGACUGCACUGUGGAGAUGCCCAUCCUGAAGGACGUAGCGACCGUGGCCUUCUGUGACGCUCAGUCCACACAGGAGAUCCACGAGAAGGUGUUGAAUGAAGCUGUAGGAGCUCUGAUGUACCACACCAUCACUUUGAUGAGAGAAGACCUGGAAAAGUUUAAAGCUCUGCGUAUCAUCGUCCGCAUUGGCAGUGGCUAUGACAACAUUGACAUUAAAUCUGCUGGGGAACUGGGCAUAGCUGUAUGUAAUAUGCCAGCAGCCUCAGUGGAGGAGACGGCGGACUCGACGCUCUGUCACAUUCUCACUUUGUACCGACGUACCACCUGGCUGCACCAGGCUCUCCGUGAGGGCACGCGGGUCCAGAGCGUGGAGCAGAUUCGAGAAGUGGCGUCAGGAGCUGCGAGGAUCAGAGGAGAGACGCUGGGACUUAUAGGGCUUGGUCGAGUGGGCCAGGCUGUCGCCCUGCGAGCCAAGGCCUUUGGCUUCAAUGUGAUCUUCUAUGACCCUUAUUUGGCUGAUGGUGUAGAGAGAUCCCUGGGACUACAAAGGGUCACCACACUACAGGACCUGCUCUUCCACUCCGACUGUGUCUCUCUGCACUGCAGCCUCAACGAACACAACCACCACCUGAUCAAUGACUUCACCAUCAAACAGAUGCGUCAGGGGGCGUUCCUGGUAAACACGGCCAGGGGGGGUCUGGUGGAUGAGAAGGCCCUGGCUCAGGCCCUGAAGGAGGGGAGGAUACGUGGAGCUGCUCUGGAUGUUCACGAGACAGAGCCUUUCAGUUUCAGUCAGGGCCCUCUGAAGGAUGCUCCCAAUCUGAUCUGCACCCCACAUGCCGCCUGGUACAGCGAACAGGCAUCGCUGGAGAUGAGAGAGGAGGCAGCCAGGGAGAUCCGAAGGGCUGUCACAGGUCGUAUCCCAGACAGUCUGAAGAACUGUGUGAAUAAGGAGUUUCUCACCCAGAACAACCACUGGACAGGAGUUGACCCAGCUACUGUCCACCCUGAGCUCAACGGGGCUUAUAGGUAUCCUCCAGGAGUCGUGAGCUUGCCAGCUGGAGGCCUCCCGCCUCCCGUUGAAGGCAUUGUGCCCAGCGCUGUGCCCAUCACACACACCCUCCCACCUGCUGUCACACACCCUCCUCAUGCCCCGUCCCCAGGACAAAAUACAGUCAAGCCACCAGAGGGCGACAGAGAGCAGCAUCCAAAUGACCAACUGUAGCCACGCACACAAACACAUGCACACAUAAACACACACACUCACACACACCCACACACACACUGGCCUGUGUUGUCUGGAGGAGUUUGGCAUAGCAAAUGGGAUCAUGGCGAUAAGUUCUCUUGUGACAAAGUUGUUAUCAGACAGGUUCGCACUUUGUCAGAUUUACAGGUUGAGGUCCCAAUAAGAAUCGAUUCACAGCUCUCUGGCAACCUUUAGCAGCCAGCUCACGCCCCCAAAGAGGAAGAGGCUGAUGACAGUAAAGAGGAUGAUGGAGGAGUGGACGGCUCUAAUCAAAGAGCAAGAGAAUUGUCCUCUGCUCCAACCUGAAGUCCUGAGGAAGAUCCACAGUUUUAUCUUAACAUAGCAAUGACACUAUAGGCCAGUUUAAAAGUUCUGCCAGAAGUAACAACAAUAACAAGAAUAUAAUAAUAAUAACAAUUAUGAUUAUAAUAAGAACUUUUUGGAUUUGGGAAGAAAAAAAAUGAAUCAAAUUCUGCUGUCUUAGACUGUAGUGUGUCCAAAGGUAGAGGGGCCUGUUUCAUGUCUUUCUCUCUUUUUCUGUGUCCUUUCCUUAGUUUGAUGUACAAACAAAAGUAGUAGGUUAUGAAAUGAAUGUAACCUGUCUAUGUACAGUUUUUAGACAUGCGGCAAGAAGAUACUGAUAUUUGUAUUCCAGUCUUAAGAAAAAACAAAGGUUGUGUGAUCUCUCUAUGUACCCAAACCGGUUUGAAAAUACAAUAUCCGUUUUUUUUUGUUCAUUUGUUUUUGUUUUUUUGUGUCCCCAGACUAACAAGACCCCCCAAAAAAGGCAGCUUUUUGCACACCAUCUCAGGAAAUUAAGUUUCCGCAGUUGGUAUAAUAUUUUUUACAUUUUUAGUUUUAAAAAUUCCUUUUUAUGCCACUUAGUGCUUUUGUUUUUCUACCUGCUUGCCUUUUUUGUGUCCCACUGCAUUAGAAAAAGAACUUUAAGGAGAGCUAAAGUUGAUCUAAUGUUUGCUUUUGUUUGUUGUGUUUAAGGGGCAUGCGACUUUGCUCUUGGGACUCGUGUAAAUGUUUGACCCAAAUUGAGGGGGUUGUGGGAGGAAAGGCUGUAGCGAGGUGGCAUAAUGGUAUGCUUGGCUGGGACGACUUCAUCCCUCUUCACAAUUUGACAAAAGAGAGCCCUCUGGGUUAAUUACUUUGACGGACAAAGCAGGCUGUGAAUGAGGCAAUGCACUGAGAGUUUCUAGCAGCUUUACGGUUUGAGAAAUGUAAAAAGUUCUUAUCUUUGUCUUUCUUCAGGUCUAAUGAUCCACUACUUUCAUUCAUAUACGGAGCAUGAAGAGUUCAGCACGCUUAUGUUUACAAAUGAUGCACAAAACUGGUGAAUUGGUGUGUUGCUUCAUGCUGCUACAUCAGUGUUUUAGUAAGGUGCCCUUCUAGCUAUGGAUCUGUCAAUUAAGCCAGCUAACUUGUGAAAAACUGCACCAACAUACUCUAUUUAUCAUUUAUAUAACUCCUCUGUGUUCUGCCCAAACCAUUUUGGUUCCUGUUUGGACUCACUUGUGCAGAUGUGACAUCCAGUUAGGAGAGCUAAUGGUGACUUGAAAUUAGGUCAAACCAAAUUUUCUGACUUUUCAUCUGUUCCCAAAUCAAUCUUUUAAGACUUAACACUUACUGGCUUGUCAGUUAGUAUUUCAUACACCUGCUAAAAGAGGAAUGACCGGUUUGUGAUAGCAAAAAACUAUGGUUUAAGAACGUGAGAGACAUCAUAUAUGCACAAUAAAGAUGUUUCAUGAUAGCAUGACAGAAUGUAUUGAUUUCUCCAGUCUAGCAUCCCUUUAACAUUUCAUGAUGGGUCCUUCCUGAGAUUACCAUUUAGCCACCCCCUGUGGCCUCUGUGUCUAUGUGUACAUAUGGUGUUCUGCCUGCCUGUGUCAAUGUGACUUGGUUGUAUCUGUGUCUAAAUAAGCAGCACUGGGAGGAGGGGUUGUGAUUUCUUCUCUCCACAAGGCAUCAUUACAGAGACUGCCAUCUCGAUACACAACUAAACACUAUGUAAAAAUGCUCGAAACUGGUCUUCAAAUUCAAGCUGAGCCAGUAACAUAUGGUUUUACUGGUUACAUUCUCACAGCGUACAGAAAAUGCUGAUCUUGUUACAUCAGCAGUGAAAUAUCUGAGACUCUUUUUCUAUCUGGAAAAUUUAUCACUCAUUCCAGCUCACGUGUUGUUGAUGUUAGCAGGCCAGCUAAGUGACGGUGCUUUUUGGAUCCCCUUCUACCAGCAGCUGAGUAGUAAAAACAGUUCACUGUCGCCUGCCUGGUCUUCUUCAUGGUGAGGUAGUAAGAGUAGCAAUCAGGGAUGGAAAUUUCACUGGCCACUGGCGAGUAUGUUUCAGCACAGGCUAGUGUUGAGUUCUCACUGACUAGAAUCUGAAGGGGGGGGGGGUCCAGUGCAGAAGGUACUGAGGUGACAUUUUAAUAUCGUCUUCAGACUGGAGCCCCCAAAAUCCUGAAAGGAAUGGUGGAAUAUUCUGAAUUUCACAUUCAAUCUUUCCUCACCAGAUGCCUGAUGUUACAUGGAGAAGAAACUCCAAUACUUCCUAAGCUAAUGCUUCGAAGUUGAAAGCAUUCCUCACUCAAACUGAUGGGUGCCACCAGUAGAAACAACAGACUGACUCUUCAAUCAUCGAGGUGCUCCAUGAAAUUCCAUCCCUGGUAGUAACACACAGUCCACUGUUGCCUACCUUGGUCCCCUUUAUGGUGAAGUAGUAGGCGUAGCAAUACACAGUAUACAUAUUCUAUAUUCUACAGUAAAUAUCAUUAUUUUUGGUCAAAACUGACAACCUGACAAAGAUAUGUUUGUGACUGUAUGCAUUUGUAUGAAUUAUUUUAAAAGGAAAUAAACUGUGGAAAGGUGAAA